UCCUAACCACUCGCUUAAGAAUUAUCCCCUCCCUAUUCAGUUUUUUAACUCGUUUUAUCCGUUGCAUUCGCUCUAUUUCCUUCCCUCCACUCGUUUCCCUGUGUUAUCAGUCUCCGGUGAUACCGAAUGGUUCUGAUGACACUGUACGUUUUCAAAUUUGAAUUGUGCCACUGGCGUCUGCCAACCGUUUCAACCGCAAAGGCAUUAGUUUGCUCUGUUCUUUAUGACAGACACAUCAAGUGGUGACAAUUCCAGUGAGAAUCUUUCGUAGUGUGAAAAUUCAAUCGCGGAAAAUAAUUGAUUGGAGCCUUUUGCCUUCAUGAGGACGGGUCUGAGGAAAAUUGCGUCGAAAUGGAGUUCGACAGGGAUCCAAACACAACCCCAAGGACUUCGAGGGAUGAUCGUUCACACAGCUUGAUUAAUAUGACAAUACUGUCAACACCGAGACCACAGGCAACAUCCACUGUUGAACGUAGAACAUUUGGGUCCUACCCUUCAGCCGCAUUUCAUCGAUACCGAGACGCUCCAGUAGACGACUCAUGCUCCACCAAUACAGACAGUUCCUUAGGUCUGGUGAACGACAUCUCCAGUCGCUCUGUAAUCGACGAGAAUAUCUCCUCUUCGGCCCAGUCGAAUCGCCAUGAAACACAGCGAAAGUUGGCCCGUGAGCUCCUCCAGAAGUUGAAUGAUCAAUCGACUCCCCCACGCUUAGAUCCGAACAAAGAGAACAAUGUAAAUACGCAAAACUUGUCCGACAACACAUCACCCACCCUGAUCAACACCCUGGACUACUUGUCCCCCCAGCAGAAGGAUUCAACUCUCCUCUCCACGAGUCUCGCCAAGUCCAGCAUGAACAGCGUGGUGUUCGAACCCAACGAGAUCACAGGAAGGUCCUCAGCAAAGGUGGGAAGCCCAGUCACACCCCCCUCAAAAUACAAGACCGAUGGUUUCAGUUUCAACAGCACAGCAGCCGAACUAAUGGCGAAAUUCUCCAACGAAGACUUUCUCUCAGGUUCUCGCAUGAACUCCCAACUAUCCGCUGAUGAGUGCUCAUGGAAGCAGAACGUGAAUCCAGUAACAGCUGAUCACGAACGCCUGGACUUCUCCUGCUUCUCUGGAAUAAUUGGUGAUAUGGAUCUGUCCCUGGAGUCCUGUGCAGGUCGAAAAGUAUCGGUGGGUGAAUUUUUCGGACGAAAGUGCGAACCAAUAGGCCGCCUGUCACCCUCAGAAGGUCUCGAACGACCAGCCUUUGGUUUUGCAAUCCAAAGCCCUAAGAGAAUGUCAAAGCCUGGGCCGCUGAUCAACCUAACAGCAAUGACAGACACCUCAAAAGCAUCAGAAAUCCAUCAGACGCAGGAGUUGCCAGUUGAGAGGUCCUACACCACGUGCACAACCUCCUGUAUAGACGAUACUCAAGAUGAGGACGACGAUGAGCCCUUGAUUAGUCUCAGUGGAAUAGCAAAGGCCCUGGACUGCAACGACGAGACCCCUCGUCGACUGGUUGACCAACUGCUGAUGGUGAAGAAGAAGGAGAAGGAGCAGAAGGAGAGGAAACCUAUUGAUAAUGCCAAUUGUACUGGAGGGACCUACACACUGCAGUCAGCGAGAUCCUCUCUCCCUGCAUUUGCCGUGGAGACCAACCAGUCCUCAAGUAAAUUGUCACUGGACAGCAAAGCAAUGAAUGGCCAUGAAUGGCCACAAUGUUCAACGGUCAACCCAAGUGCCUCGGCCUGGAGCCUCCCAGCUUCAGUCUCUUUUGACAAGGACAACAAAUCACCUGAUAAGUAUAAUCGUGAGAGACAGUCUCCAACGAUCCCAGCGGUCGACACCACCUUAACACCUGGCAUUCUGACCCCACCUUCUCCAUUUUAUAACAAAGAGUCCAUAAAACAACUGAUUUCUCAACAAAUUCCCCUGGAAUAUACGUCAGCUGAAGGGCCUCAGGUCGUCCAGAGCUCACCGAAACUCCCACCGCAAGUAGAUCGUUCAAUUAAAAAGGAAAUCAAUACAUCAUCACGAAUCUCAUCACCAACACUCAAAAGCUUAGUGCUGAAGAACCAAUCACAUCUGCUUAACGUUGAAAAAAACGAGUCGUUAGAGGCAGGUUCCCCAGGAAAACUCAACAACACAACUCUGAAAAAUCCAGCUGAAAGACUGACCAUUGGAAAGAAUGCAGAAGGACUGUACAAGUGCAUCCUUGGAGUUGCCAGAGAGGCUGACAUCGAAAUGAUGAACGAGAGUGAUCGUUGGCUAGUCUGCUCCCUCCACCUCCUCCAAAUACAGGGAGACAAGGAGAACAUUCACCUGGAGAUUCCAGACUACACAGUUCUGAUAAAACCAGGUGAGAGUAGAGUCUUCAAGAUCGUGGUAAAGCUCUUGAGGAUGUCCGGCCCAAUCCUGGCAGCUCUGAGUAUCAACUGCAGUGACAUGACGACCAGAGAGUCCUCCACAAAGCACCAUCUGAUGUGCUUCAUACCAUCUGAUGCUCAGGUCGAGGUCAUUUACCCAGAGGGCCACCAGAAUACUCUGAGAUUCAGUGGAAAUAAGGAAGCAACGGAAUUACCAUUAGUAUUUGAGAAUAAAUACGAUACUGAUGUUCCCCUGGAAAUCUGUAUAUCAAACAAUAAUUCUGAAGUAUUUAGUGUGAAGACUCCAGCUAAUUCUGAGGGUGUUCCCAAUGAAGACAAACCAGUUACUUAUCUGGUACUCAAGGCCAAUGAUAAAUCCAUGAUCACUGUUCAGUGUACACCCGGAAAUAUAAAAAAGAACGUGAAGAAUUCCACGACCGAUGAUGAACAAUCCAAAUUAUUUAUUCGCGUACGCAGCGAGACCAAAACAGGCUCGAUCAUCGCUGAUAUUCCUCUGAUUGUCGAAGAGACGAACGACGACCCAGCGGACUCGUCAGGGGAACUGCCUACAGUAUAUUCUAGAUGUGACACUCCCCAACAGCAACUCACGACAAGUCUCCCAUCGUCCCCUCACAGUGUGAGCUCAACUACUAGUGCAGGCACCUCUUCAAGUGGCUACAACAAGUCAGGCAGGGCAUCUCCUCGAAGUUUAUCCUCAGGAGGAACGAUCGCGGGGGAUACGAUUCCGGUUCAAUCUACUCACUCUUCCUUAUGCUGGACGACAGUUCGAGUUGGAAAAUAUGAGGUGAAAGAGUUCACGAUAAGAAACACCAGUAGCAACAAGAUAAAGCUGCAGGCGUUAAUAACAGACAACGACAAAAGUUUUAAAUUCCUGAAGGACAGGGAAUCCAGCACUAGUAUUCUCGUGAGCCUCCAGAAGAUGGAAAGCAGAACUCUGACGAUUGUGUACUCUCCGAACAGAACUGGAGCAUCAGCGGGGAAAAUAACAUUCGUUCAUUACGAAAACAAGAUCAAGAGGACAUCCGGAAAUGUCAGCGAUAUCAGGGAUCGGGAUACCAAACCCUCCAGAAUCAUCAUGCUGUACGGAUGUGGGGGGUAUGCUAAAGUGAAUAUCAACCAGGCGAUGAAGAUCAUGGGGGCGCAGAUGUGGCUGUCUCUAGGGCAAUUGAACCCAGCUGGAAAUCUGACAACCACAGUCCAGUUGGAGAACUUGGGUGAUUUGCCAGCUUAUGCCAAAAUUAAACUGUCUCCGAAGGCGGUUUAUCCGACGGUUGCAACCAGUUGGCAUGUUGAUCCAACUGAGGUGAUUCUUGGGCCCAAACAGUCCCAAUGGAUCACCAUUGAUUUUAAACCGAGAAAGGAAGAUAUCGCUCUGCUGAGGGGAGAUGUUGCAGAGAUGGGGACACUGACAAUUACUCAUGGAGAUGAACCAACUCGUUGGCGCAUCAGAAGGCUCUACAAGAAGCUGAUUGAAACGGGGCAGAUCAACGACAAGCAGAACGAUGUCUUCAGGAAUGUAGUGGAUCCAAUCUGCCGAAUAUUUCCCGGAGAGGGGCAGAUUCCCCAGCUAUCGAUCAUCAGAGAUGCUGUCCAGGAUCUGGGGAUACUCUGUCGUAAUGUUCAUCGUCAGGUGGUGACCUUGAUGAUGGAUUUGAACUCGGAUGAGACGAUUUCGAUAUUCACUGACGAUGGGGAUGAGUCCCAGAUGUUUCAGUCUCUCUGCAGUGAUACCAGUGUUGUCUCUGUUCAUGACGAGGACAGUUAUAUGCCCUCAGAGAGCCUUCUAGAGAGGACUCUCAUUGGGGGACGACAGGGGCGACACGACGGUGAGUUUUAUGUUAGCCCAUCUUCUGUGACACUUCACCCUCCUGGCUCCAAGGAUGCCACUGUCGUGAUCACCAGCACCUCGAGCACUGCCCAGCCUUUCGAGACUAAAGUUACGAAUGAGUUCUUGAGUGUCUUACCUGCUGAAGGAAUGAUACCAGCCAAAAGGGGGGUCUUGAUCCGAAUUCAGUGUAGAAAGAAUGUUGAGAAGGGGUUUCAAGCGGUUUUACAGAUUUUUACGAGUAAUGAGAGAAAGGACGUGAGAAUCCAAGUGGUACCUAAACGAUAUUGAUGAGAUGUUUCUUUGAUGGCGAGUGGAACUUUAAGUAUUUUAUAAAAUUUAUAUUCAACUCUAGGUAAUAUGUGCCUUUAUAUGUUCAACGAAAGUAUUUUAUACAAGAAUCAGCGUUCAGUUUACUAAAAAUCUCAUAAU